UUCUUCCUUCCCCUCUUCUAUUCCCCCGCCAGCCUCCCGCCAGCCUCCCGCCAGCUUGCACACUUCAACCAAUUUUCGCCUCAUCAACCACCCACGCUCACUAGCAUUCUCUUCACGAUGAAGUCCUUCGCCGCCGUUGCUGCUACUCUCUUCUCCCUCGGCGCGGUCGUCCUUGCGCGCCCCAUGGACGUCUAUGCUCCGAAGGUCACUUCGCCUGAUUCCGAUUCCAUCUGGAGUGCAGGCAAGAACUACACCAUCACAUGGGACGCAUCCAGCCCUCCCAAGCAGAUCACCAACCCCAUUGGUCAUAUCAUUCUGCGUGCCAACGGCGUUUCUUGGACCAAUACCACUCUCGCCAAGGGCUUCAACAUUACCGACGGUACCGUUCAGGUCACUGCGCCUGACGUACCCACAGGCACUCACUAUUCUGUCGUCCUCUUUGGCGACUCGGGCAACUGGAGCCCCGACUUCACCAUCUUCGGCUCAGACAACUCGGAUGGUUCGGACGGUAGCGGGCUUGAGCUCUCUGCCGAUGCCUCGUCGUAAGCGCAGACAUUGUCUUGAACACGGUAACAUAUAGUCUAGCAUAUGGCGCGGCAAACUACAUAAUCUUUUUCGGACACUUAUUCGGACUUCGACAUAGUACAUGACGUAAUGCUAGGACUUGGAUUUCUCUUCGCAUGGUCAUUGCCUUGCAUGGACUUUGUUCUGCAACAGUAGACAGGGCUGAUACGUAUCGUUACUUAAUGGGCGAAAUGGACAUUUUGUUGUUGCACACCU